CGAGAGGGGAGCAGCAGAGUGGCGGUUCGCAGGGUGAGGACUGUCUCAGCUCCAGAAGUCUCCUGUCACUGUAGAGACUGUUACCGUGGAGGACUGAGCUCACGUUGCCAUGGCGAACAAGACUGAGGUCCACUUGUCAGACCAUACCUCCUCUCUGGAGGAAGAGGUAACAAAGCCCGCUGGCCGCCGACCCCGCCGCCGAGCCACUGCCACCAUAGGAAGGCGGAGUCAGAGAGGAAAGAGGCGGGGUCCUGCAGACAAGAGGCGGGGUCCUGGUGAGAAGAGGCGUGGACAGAAGGAGAAGAGGAGGGGUCCGGAGGAGAAGAAGGAGGGUGUAACAGUGAAGAGGAUGUGGAGCGGUGGAAAGCGGCGGUGGGAUAAGAAACACUACUGCGUGUUCUGUCGGCGUCCGCAGGUGAAGAUCGCUCGACACCUGCUGAGGAAACACGCCGACCAACAGGAAGUGAUGGCUGCCAGCACACUGCCAACGGGCUCCAAACAACGGCACCUGCUACUCGAGCACCUGCGCUGCAGGGGCAACUACCUACACAACAUCGAGGUGAUCAGGCAGGGCAGUGGUGAGAUCGUCCCGUGUCGUCAGCCCUCAGAAGAAGUCGAUGUGAGGAACUACCUGCCCUGCCCACUCUGCCUUGGCUUCUUCCUUCGCUCGGACCUCUGGAAACAUCAGGCGUCCUGUCGUAAGAAGCUGGCCUCUGACCCGUCCACAGACUCUGCGUCCACAGCAGAGACGACCUCUGAGCCCAUGAAGGACUCAACCUCUGUCUCUGCAGGAAAGUCGGUCCGUGACCGAGCAAACAACAGGACAUCCAAGUCCACGGAGGACACACCGGCUGACCCCUCAGAGGACACAGUCACAACAGGCCAGACUGGGACCUCUGAGACCGGGUCCAAACGGCCCAUGACCUCUGACCCCAGUGGGGAUCAGAAUGUGACCUCUGACCCCGGGGCGGACCGGCCAAGGAAGCGCUGCAGGGUCCAGGCUGCGGCGUCCCGCCUCCUGCCAAUUUCCAGUGGAGCAUCUGAGAGCUGCAGCGAAGUCCUGCACCGCAUGAACCAGGACCACAUCUCACAUCAGGUCAAAUCUGAUUGGUUGAUCUGUAAAUAUGGAAACAAGUUGAUGGGGAACCAAGAUGGCAGCCAGAAGAGGUACGAUUACAUCAGCCAGAAACUGAGGGAGCUUGGAAGGUUCCUCCUGGCUGCUAAAUCUCUGGACUCUGAUGUUCAGACCCUGCAGGACGUUCUGGCUCCGGGCCGCCUCAGCCUGGCACUGACUGCUGCCAGAAAGGCGUCAGGGUACCGGUGGAGCCGCCCUCCACUGGCCGUGAAGACGACACUGAAGACGGUUUGUGAGAUUGCCAUCGGAGAGAGUCUGCAGGAUGGAGACUGGGAGGCUGCAGCCAAAACCACAGACUUCUACCACAUGCUGGGACGAGAGUGGGACAACCUAGGGCUGGUGAACCCUGACCCUGACACAGUCGACCCAGACGGAGAAGCCAAGCUGAAGAAACGACCAGUCCAGUCAAGGAACGAGAAGAAGCAUGUCGAGCCAGGUCCAGAACCUGACCCAAGACCACAGGUUCCGUCAAAGACCAGUAACAGACCCGUCACCUCCUUGAUUCCACCAGAGUCCAGACUGCCGACUCCUAUCACAGUCCCCGUGGCUCCCAGGAAGGUCCGACGUCGCCCGUGGUCGUCUGCAGAGAAGGAGGCGGUCUGGAGACAGUUGGGAGUCCAUGUGCUUGUCCAAUCAGUACCGGGGAAGGAGGUGUGUCAGCGCUGCCUGGACCUGGAGCCUGUCCUCAGAGGGCGACACUGGAAAGACAUCAAGAACCAGGUCCACAACCAAAUCCAGAGCCAAAAGAAGCAGCAAUUCCAUGCCCAGAUGGACCUUCAAGAGAACCAUGAACACCAGAACCAGGAACAUCAAGACCAAAGCCAGAGGAAGCAGCUGCAGCAAUACCAGGCCCAAAUGGACCAACAGGGCAAGGACCACACGCAGAACCUGAAGAAACAUCAGUAUCAUGCCCAGAUGGAUCAUCAUGACCAGGACAACAUCCAGAACCAGAAGAAACAGCAGUACCACACCCAGUUGGACCAUCAGGACCUCCUUCAAAUUCACAAAAAGCAAUUGUGUCAUGCUAGACUAGACCACCAGGACCAUAUUCAGGUCCACAAGAAGCAUCUGUACCAAAUGGACCAGCAGACCCAGGGACUGCAGACCGCACUGGAUCAGGACACGUCUUUACUGACGGGUACACCUUAUGAACCUGAUGGGCCUCAUCGACCCCCGGGACACUCACUUGUGGAGCGGGACCCCAUUAUCAGUCCAUAUCCACUUCCCCAUAGGGCCCCGGGGCCUCACAUGGACCAGUUGCUGUCCAGAACAGAGUGGACUGACGAGUCUCUGGCUCAGAACUACCCGGUCAGCAGGCAGCUGGCCAGGAACCUGCUUCAGGAUGCGCCUUCAGGAGGACCACCUCCCAAUCCACACACUGGACAUGUCCACUUCUGAUGGACCAUAGGCGCCCCGAGUACUAAUGACUCCGUUAGAUAAGGAAACAGAGACAGACCUGUCCCUGAACCUCCAUCAUAGGAGCCCCACAACCCCUAACUGUGGGUGUAGUGUUAAUUUCACUUGUAAGUAGAGAUGUCCCGAUCUGAGUUCUGUAGUACUGCGUUUCUAAUGAGUCCAGUCCGGUCCUGAGUGUGGCUCCUUUAAUGGAUCCCACUGUAUUAAAACUACAGAAACACUCA